CCUUUAUUUAUGUAGAUCUUGUACUUUUCUUUUGCAGAUGAUGAAGUUUUCUUGGGAUAACUAUAAGACUUAUGCCUGGGGAAAAAAUGAGCUGCGGCCACUGACAAGAAAUGGACACGCUGGGAACAUGUUUGGGGGACUCAGAGGGGCCUCCAUCGUGGAUUCACUUGAUACCCUGCACAUCAUGGGGAUGCAGGAGGAGUUUGAAGAAGCUAAAAGCUGGGUGGAGAAAGAGCUCGAUAUGAAUUCGUGGUUUGGUGAAAAGGCUGUGUACAAUUUGUCAGAUUGUUGGAGUGUGGUUCCCAACCACGUCUCCAUAGGGGGACUAGGAGACAGCUUCUAUGAGUAUCUGAUAAAAUCCUAUCUGAUGUCAGACAAAAGAGAUGAACAAGCCAAGAAGAUGUAUUAUGAUGCUUUGAAGGCUAUAGAAACCAAUCUGGUGCAGAAGUCUCCCGGGGGGCUCACAUACAUUGCGGAGUGGAGAGGCGGGAUACUGGAUCACAAGAUGGGUCAUCUGGCUUGCUUCUCGGGAGGAAUGAUUGGGAUUGGAGCCGAUGAUGGAGAACCGGAGCAACGGAAACACUACAUGGACCUGGCAGCAGAGAUUACUCACACAUGCCACGAGUCUUAUGCACGCACAGCUACCAAACUGGGCCCAGAAGCAUUCCGUUUUGAUAGUGGUGAGGAAGCCACAGCUACCAGAAUGAGCGACAGAUACUACAUCCUGAGACCUGAAGUUGUGGAGAGCUACAUGUACAUGUGGAGACUAACCCAUGACCCCAAGUACAGGGAGUGGGGCUGGGAAGCUGUGCAGGCGUUGGAGAAGUAUUGCCGUGUUGAUAAAGGCUUCACUGGAAUAAGAGAUGUAUACACAACAUCACCAAGCCAUGACAACAUGCAACAGAGUUUCUUUUUAGCAGAAACAUUGAAAUAUCUGUAUCUGCUGUUCUCUGACGAUGACCUACUCCCUCUGGAUGACUGGGUGUUCAACACUGAGGCUCACCCGCUGCCAGUAAUCCACACCAAGUGCAUGCAGAGGGGUGAAGCCAGCAAGAUCCAACAGCAGCAAUAGCACACCUUAUUCUAAAAGAGGAAAUAAGCCUUUGACCAGUCCCUUGGGUUGAUAUGUAUUUCCUUUCCAGUAAAGGGUGUUGUCAUGACGUUGUGGUCGUAUUUGUGAGCCGAGACCGCCCCCGUAUGGAGGGCGGCUGGCGUUUCUGUGGACAAUCAGACAUUUAAUGAGAACUUUCUUUUUUUUUCCUCUGUGAGGAGACCUAUAGUGGCCCACAACAAGGGUCACUGAAUCAUGGGCCAUAUUGUGAAAGAGAAACCACUCAGCUUCAUUGUCUCAUUUGUUUGUUUUUAAAGGUCUUCUGUCUGUAUAGAGUACCAUUAGACCAAAGGAUUUUGUUUCCCGUUAUAAUCCCUACAUGGUUUAUUUUUAAAUUUUUUUUUUUUGUUGUUGUUGUUUUCGCUGUUAAAAGCUGUUUUAGUUGAGUAGUUGAAUAUUAUUCAAUUUUUGAGUUAGACAAAUAUAGAUAAAAGAAAGCAGUAUUCCUUUUUACUCUGUGUCUCUGAGACAGUUAUCAGAUUUGUCCCAGUUUAGGAAAGCUUGACCCUCUGUCACAUUUACAAAGUUUUCUGUUUCAUUUACUGUGCGGUAAGUGUUUAUUCAGCAAAUUAUGUAAACGUUUUCAACCAGCUUAGCAAAUGUUCAGCCUGCCACUGACAAGCAUUCAAAAAGCAGCACCACAUGGAUACAAGACAUUCAGACAACUUCUUGCGUUCUCUGGGCCCUGAUUAAACAACCUGACAGGCAUAAAGUCAUUAAAAUUAGCCUCGUUGAAAGGCGCUAGAAGGGCAAAUGUGAAAUUGUUUCAGAUAGUGACAGUCUGCCACUGGUAUGCAUAUUAACUCAGACACAAGCUACAGACGAGGUGUGAAUGUGUAACAAGGCUGUUUUAAAAAGUGUUGAGAUAACAGCAGCAAGUUUGCUGUAGAUAAUGUGAGAGAGAGAGAGAGAGAGAGAGAGAGAGAGAGAGAGAGAGAGAGAGAGAGAGAGAGAGAGAGAGAGAGAGAGAGAGAGGUUCAGUGUUUUUAUUUUCUCAGGUAUGUUAAAAGGUUAAACUCGUAGUUCUUUUUUUAAGCAGUUAUCAAUCCUCUAUUCAUGUUUUAAAUACUGUGUUUGCUUUGAGCACCCGUUGAACACUUUUUUUCUGAAAUUUGACUCUGCUUCUUCUGCAGUAUGUAUUGCUUGAUACUUUUCAGUCCAAUUCCAGUUCAUAGCAGCUGCAACAUUAACAUUAACAACAACAUAUUAUUGCAAAGCUACUGCAAGGUGACUUACUGUAUCGUGGCAUGCAUUAUUUCAUUACCAUAGCUUUCUUACUGUACAAGCUGGUACAUCAGAAGUAGUUUUUGAUGCAGCAGCUCCAGUUUCUUAUUGAUUUGUUUUGAAUCUAUUUUACUUUCUUGCAAUUUCUCUCUUUGUAACCCCACCCUCUUGCUGUUCAUGAUACAGUCCAUGAUUUGUACUAGAUAUUAGCACAACAAUUUUUAGCGACUUGUAUUAAUUAACUUAAUAUGGGAUAAUAUAUCCCGCCUGGAACUCUGUAGUAAUAUAUUUUGUACUUUUGAAUGUUGCUAGAACAUUAUUCUUAUUAGUAGUAACUACUUUUCUGUUUCCAUCUUUAUAUGUGCUAUUGGAGUUUAUAGCUGUCACACGACCCCUGGAUGAUAUAUCUAAUAUGAAAUGACUAUCAACAAAUCUGUCAUCUUUAUUUUUAAAAUUAACUUAAAAUAAUAAUUAAAAAACGUAUGCCUUUUUGUUGUUGUUUUUAUUGUUGUGUUUUUAGAACUAUUAAACCAAGGGCAAAGGGUAUGGUGAUUGACUUUUUCAUUUGAAAGAUAAAUACUGUAGUCGUGAGAUACUGUACCACCAAGUCUUUCCACUUGUUACCUGAGCCAGGACACCUGCUCCAUAUUUGCAGUACAGUCAGGUAUCAUCCUCAUGAACUCUGUUUACUGCCUGGAAUUGUAUUUUCGGCAGCACUUUUAAAUAAUGGCCCUAAAUUCAUAAUUAAUUCCAACUGAAUAAUAUCUGAAUAUCUUAUGCACUUCAUGUGAGUUAUUAAUUAAUGUGGAUUUAAUUUUCCCUUAUUCAUUCCAUGUUCCUUUGUAACAAACGAUGUAUAAGAUAGGCGUUCAUGCAUAAAUUAACACUUCUCACAGUUUCACUGCAAAAUGAUUUUUUUUUUAUUUUAAUGAAAUUGGGCUCUUAUAUAUCUUAUAUUUAAGAGUUCUGGCUGUCAGGUUUUAAAGUAGACAGAACAUAGGGGCUAUGUCGGAUUUUAAAGCACGACGCUGCCCGUUGUAACCCUUUGUAAUCUGCAAAACCAAAAUUGAUGCUCAAUUUUUAAUUGCCACAUUUUCAGAAUAAAUCUGGUUAAUACCUAAUUUAUACUUUUGUAUUCAAGAAUCAGGCUAUAUCUGGUAAAAUUGUAACAUCGGAUCCUUUGCAGAUAUUAAUUUGAUCUUAUUUGGUUAUUGUGCAUAGUCAUUAGAAAUGUGAGUAUAGGUAUAUUCACUGGGGGCUUCCCACUGCAAAAUCCCAACUGUGAUGUGUACUUCACAGAAUUUCAAUUGUGUUAUUAAACUGAAGUGGUACUCAUAAUUUGCUCUAAGGUGCUGUUAAAAACAUACCAUGCAUUAUUCUGCAAAAUGUCCCGUUUGCCAAACUACAAAGUACUGGGAAUGUGUUUGCCUAAUAGUCUUCUUGGCAUUGUGAAGUAUUGUUUAUAGCAAUAUAAGUGUGGAUCGAAAGGAUGAUUGUAAACAAAAAUGAUAUUAUAGGUUUACUGCUACACCAUUUGAAAAGAAAGAAGUAUCUAUAUAUAUAUAUAUAUAUAUAUAUAUAUAUAUAUAUUUUUUGAUGCAUUAUGUUGUCAGAGCGUAUUUUUAGAAUAAGAGCUGUUGGGUAUUUUAGAUAUUGCAAAUAUAGUCUCAAGUAAUUAAACUAAAGAUUUAAUGAAAUCAGAACAAUAGCAUCAGUGGCUAUAACCAUUGUGGUGCUAUUGAGCCUUAUUUAUAAAAUUAUGGCCUAAAACUAAUAUAAUUGAGUUAAUACAGUAACUGUAGUGUACAAUGAGAUAACAGUCUUCACGAUGGAUAAAAUCAGAGACAGUGGUCUCGAUCCACACUAUGAUAUAACAAGUCUUUUGGUCUUUCCUUUAUUUAAGGAGAUGGAUAAGACAAGUUGGUUAGGUUCUUCUUGCUUUAACCAAAUCAGUCAUUCAGCCACUGUUGUUGCUAUGGACUUUGUGAUGUGUGUUUAUCCAAUCUCUACUGUGUCGUGUUAAUAUAACAGGAUUUAGAAUUAGAGGAUGACAGAGAUAUUCCACUUGUCAUAUACUGGAGGGGAGGGGAGGGGGCGGUUAUAAUUGUUGUUGUCAUUCUGGUUGUCUGAUUUAAUAAAGGGUAAACCAUAGCACCAGAGUAGGUGCUGCAAACAAAAAUAAUGUAAUUUGUUAAGUGGUAUUAUCUGAUACAAAAUACUGGAGGUUUGGGUUUAAAUGCAACAGCUGAAAGGCCAUUUUUUACAAAGCAUGUGUUGAGCCUCAUUAAAAUCAGCAGAAAACAAUGUGGAGAGCUUAAUGCUGUGAGGAAGCACAAUUUCAGGGUUGAAUGUCAGGCGCACUGCCGUACUCAAAUGAGACGUGUUGUCUUUUUUCUUCCCACGCUGAGAUAAUGUUAACAUUUCCAAUCGCGCAGCUUUGGAGGUAGGGGAAUAAUCCGUUUGCUAGAUAGAUUUGCAGUUGCACUCGAUGUUGCUUUGUCAAGGGUUUGUGGGUAGCACACACAGAAAUUAAAACUAGCAAGGAACUCCAGUGGGAUGUGGAGCUAAAGCUUGAGUAGAAAAAUAAAGGGAAAGGUCACUGUUAAAUAAAUAGUGCUGGUACAAGUAUUUCAAUAUCCAUGCAAACAUUGCCUGAAAUUUAUUCAGAGUCUGGAGUUAGUGUUUCCCUGGAGCAGCGAUAAUUUCGAGAUUGCUUUAUAAGAAACUUUUCAGCUAAUCAGUGUUAGGUGUCUACUUGUUUUACUUGUUAAUAUAUUUGAUACUAUAUACAGUACACAUAUGACAUCAGAAUAAAUAUAUAUACACACACACACACACACACACACACACACACACACACACACAAACAAACAAACACAGAGUGGCGUCCUUUUGAGGUUUUUUUUGUCCAGUAGCAGAUUGGAACUACAGAUGGAAUCAGGUUAGGAAUCCAUGUUUUGAAAUUAGAACGAAGUGAGAUUGAGUUUAAACGAGCCUGUGGAAGAGUGGCAAAGUAUUAACCUUCGGCUGUCAUUUUUAAAGAGAAUUUGAAAGCUUGUCAAAUCCACAAGGUCUGCCCAUUCAGAACCACAUCAUCUCUUGUUUAAACAUGGUAUGGGAGCACACGUUACAAUGCUGUUGUUAUGGUGCCUCAGCUGUACAAAGCGUAUGUGUGUGUGUGUGUGUGUGUGUGUGUGUGUGUGUGUGUGUGUGUAAGCGGCGGCCAUCUUGUGAGUUCAUUUUAGCUCAGUUUAAAAUGGCCUGUUUUGAAAAUGACAAUAUUAACCCUGACUGGGGGAGCACGAAGCUGUAUUACACCCUGAAUAGCACAACACAUUUCUGAAACACCUACGAGAAGCCCAGCCCGUAAUUUUUGUGUCAGCACCAAAUUAGCAUGUCAGCUAAUCCCACCGACUGCAUUGCGAUAGUGCUGGGAUUGUCAGAUCUAUUCACAAGUUUAAUAAAUAAAUAAAUAAAUGUGUGUGUUUGACGACACCUAACACAGCUAUAUGUUGCUAUCCAUAGCUUUCCUCUUUGCAUACAGUAGCUUUUUACAUAUAAUAUAAUGUAAUGUUUGUUUUGUUAUUUCUUUCCUAAUUAAGUAUUUUUUGUUUUCAUUUUGAACCAUUAAUAUAUAUAUAUAGUUGCUCUGAAUACCAUGAAAUGGAGUAGCUAUUAUCAUUUGAACAAAAACAAAUGUGAUUUUCAUUUCCUUCAUAAAUGUGACUUUUUUAAAAAGCAUAAAAAGACCAAAAUAUGUAUCAGAAUGAAUAUAUUGUAACUGCAUUUUUCUUUUCAAAAUAAAAUGCUUGAUAUAUUACGUAA